AUGGCGAGGACGCGUCUUCAAGCUAGCUCUGUCGAAGCAGAUCAGAACGACGAUUACAACAGUAACAGUCAAAACGACCAGAGUUCUGAUGGUGAAACCGAUGAUGGCGAUGGCGAACGACUUCUUAUCGGGCCCUCUGAGACCUUCUUCGGCGACUUCUCACUGGCACGUAGCGUGGAAGAGUUCAGAAUGGUUGCAUUCAGGCAGGACCGAGUGAGAGAGCUCAUCGAACCGUUACAGACCAGCCAGCUCUUCAUAUCUCAUUUUGAGGAAGAAGAGCGUCCACUACCAGGCGACCUGACAGACUCUACAUCAUUGUUGAAGACCGUGGGACCACGUUCUUUCGUCACAGCGGACAUCGAUAGGGUGCUAGCCCGACCUCUUCGCCGUCUGUAUCUCAAGUACCUGUCCACUAGACAACUCCUUGAGGCAGGAAACGUCAUUCAAGCCUGGACGGUAAUGCCUACGUUGGUGCGCGAGGCUGAGUUACUUGGCUUGGAAUCACACAGAGAAUCUGACAAUGCUGCAUCGGGCAAUCGAGAUGCUGAAUCUCGGCGGCGCAUCUGGUGGCUACUGAUGGACCUUGACAGCCAGCUAAGCUUCAUUCUUGGUCGGCGCCCUGUUACCGUCCCAUUUCGGGAUGGUGUGAGGCCCUCCUUGAAAGGGGUACAAGCGGAGGAGAGGACCUUGCGGCAGAAUUUGCAGGAAUUCUCAUCGCUGGCUCUGAAGAUCCUGGAAUACAAUACCUCAAAGACGAGUGAAGACGAAGGUUCUUUCGAAGACCGACUGGAGGCAUCCAAACUACAUCUGAAGUGGUUGCAAGAACACAAGACAAAGCUGCCGGCACUUCAGCAGGAACACCUGACCGACAUACCACUAUGGACUGCUAUUGCCGAUCACCAAUUCGAGGUCCAAUUGUUGGAGGUACUACUUCAUUGUGCCAUGGCUCGUACGGUCUUCUCAGAGCAAGGCCUCGAUGUCAACGAGAAGUCCACCAAAGGAGGAAGGCCACGGCUUCCGCGCAAACCGAAUUCGAAAUCCACCCCCAGAGAUCUGUUGCAGUCAGUUCGGCAAGUGACCGACAUUUUCGACUACAUCUAUGAUCUUGACCCUGCUAAGGCUACUUCCUCAUGGCCUCGUUGCUUUGGACUGUACUGCGCCUCACUCAUCUUGGGAAUUUCUCGACUCCGUCGAGAGAACGAAGUGGAAGCCGACAUUGCAAGGGUGGAACGAGUUUUGACCAUUUUCCAGGACACCGCUACGAGCUCAUCAAGAUCUACCAUUGCCCCAUUGGCAGUAUCAACUCUAAGCGAGAUCCUUGCGGCGAUCAAGGAGAAUGAAACGCCACGAAAUACCAACAACCAGAUCAAGGAUGAAGCUGAGUUGCGCGAGACAUCAAUGAAGCGUGUCGAAAGUCAACAGCCAGCGCCACUGCCUAAUAAUCUCGGCGAUGCCACGACGCCGGUUGAGAGUGGUGGGCUUUCAAAAGCGAAACGUUCAAAUCCCUCUGCGUUUCAGGAUGAGUCCCGCCCGGAGAAACGGCCAAGGUACAAUGAAGUGCAAGCAGCACCCGACGUAUCCUCUCAAGUACAUCCGCACCACUGGCAACAAGGGCCUGGGCAGCCGUAUGCGCAAUCGAUAGCGGAGUACAGCAACAUGGGAUCAGCAUCUUUCCAUGAUCCGUCGACACAGGGAAGCUUCGACCAGCACUCUUUCACUACCAGUGCCACAGCCUCUUUUAACGCAGAAGACCAGAAUCAGUAUCAAAACGCUGGAUAUCCCUCAAGUCACCCACAUUAUCCCCAAGUCGAACGCGUGCCCACCACCCAUGUAGGUCCUCCUUUGGUAUGGUAUCCCCCGCUCUAUUGGGGACCAGAUCCAGGAUUAGAUAUCGGUACGAUGCCUUACCAAUGGUUCCAGCAAAAGUCCGACGGUUUUUACAAUGGGCCUGUGCCGUGGCCGGAGCAGCAAGCACGACCGGUCAACGAGUCUCACAGUGGGCAUGAUGCCGGCAUGGGGAAUUUCGGUGUCCACCCCUUGGUCCAAGGCGACGCCGUACCCAUGGAUGUUACUGGAUCUUUUAACUCUGCCGCUCAAACACCCACAAACCCGAAUCAAGGCCUGCCGCAGCAUGAAGCGCAUUUCUAUAAUACAAUCGCGGAACCUCAUCCCCAUGCAGAUCACCCUGUCAGUUCUCCCAUUCUGGGCGAUCAGUCAGUCCAUAAGGACGAAGCAUUUGGUCACCCAGAUGGGUAUAUGCGCCGUCGAAGUGUCGCUGACAUCAGGCAGCAGCAAAACGCUACCUGGAGGACAGAGGCGCAAGCUGACUACACCAACGGCAACAAAUUCAAUAGUGGCCAGAGGGUCACUACCGACAGGCCUCCGACGCCGCCCCAGGAGACGCUGCUGUCGCCGAUGACUGAGGCUGGACUACAAUCACGUCGCAACUCGGCUACACCGAGAGAGCUUGCGCAGGCAAUUGCUCCAGGUCCUACAGGUCAGCAUUUUGAGCAACCACCAAGGGAGCCGGCACAAAUGCCUGGGCAUCCUAUGGACGGCGAGAACGUCUCUAUGUCACGCAGACAGUCUGCGGCCAAUAUUCACAACGUCCCAAUGGGGAACAUUCAACCGCAAGGCCAGGCCAUGACCGAGCCAACCAGAGACAAAGCAGGGCAGCAGCAAGGGUGGCAAUUUUCGAUACCAUAUGCCGGACCAUACCCUCUUCAGGAGCCCCGAUUGCCAAGGGGACCAGUGAUUUACGAUCCGAAUGAGUAUAUGGCAUAUGAACAACAAUUUCACCACCUCCUUCAGCCGCAACACGUUGUCUCGACUGGGCCUUAUACUGGAGCCCCGGGAGGACAGCAAUGGUGGCCACGAUGA